AUGCACCUUUACGAAGCUACUGAACAAACCAACACUAUUUUAGCUAGGCAAGCCUUUUUUUAACUAUUAAAACAAUUAAAAAAUUUUUUUUUCAUUUCUUUUUCAAAUCAAAGCUCGUUUUUUCAGAAAAGUGUCGGAAUUAAAAGCCUCCUUAGCUCAAUGUCAAAUUGCCAAGAAUGAAACUUUGGACAAUAUGUUAUAUACCCGUAGGCAAUUUGGGAAGUGUAUGGAGAGUCGUUUUCGAGAGAAACGAGUCAAAAUGGAAAAAGUCAAACAACUUGUGGAAACCAUUUAUGACACUAUAUUGGAUGUGCUUAACUUAAACUGA